GAGGUCAAAGGUCAGACCAAGAACUGAUUCUGCUGAAACUGCAGACAAGAAGUAAACGAUCUGACAGAGGGAGAAAUAUUUCACAAUUGAAGGAGCCAGCAAAAAAAUAUCUUGCGUUACACUAACAGAAGAUUUAACAGACAGAGACACUGAAACUUUCACAGAAUAUAUGAGUCUGACAAAGUGAAGCUGGAACUGGGUGAAACUGAGUCUAAGUAGCAGGAGCAAAUUUUGACUGACAAGAAAAACCUCUGGAGAACAUUGAGAGAACGUUUGGAGGCUGGGCCUCCUGUAGUCCUGAAGAACAAAGACUGAAGUCCAUCGAUCUAUCAGUCCAUCGAUCCAUCAGUCCAUCAAUCUAUCAAAGGAAAAUGGCUGUCAGCUCACCGAGAGACAAGUAUUUUGGCGUCUGGCUGAUUUUCUUCAUACUCGGUUUGGGAACACUGCUGCCCUGGAACUUCUUCAUGACUGCUACCAUGUACUUCACCAGCCGCCUGAAGGACUCCUCAUUGGUCCAUUAUUCAGCCAAUCAGACGGAGGCAGCAGGUGAACAUCAGAGCAUUCUGGAGGCCAAAUUCAACAACGUGAUGACGCUGUGCGCCAUGCUGCCGCUGCUCCUCUGCACCUGCCUCAACUCCUUCUUGCAUUCACUUAUUCCUCAGCGUCUACGUGUGAUGGGCAGUCUGAUCAUCAUUAUGUUUGUUUUCAUCGCUACCGCCAUCCUCGUCAAACUUCCUCUGGAGCCGCUGCCCUUCUUCUCCAUUACCAUGGUGAAGAUUGUCAUCAUUAACUCAUUUGGGGCAGUGCUUCAGGGCAGUCUGUUUGGGAUGGCCGGAUUGCUGCCAGCUUCAUAUACAACUCCAAUCAUGAGUGGUCAGGGACUUGCUGGAACCUUCGCUGCCUUCGCCAUGAUCUGCGCCAUCACAAGUGGCUCAGAGCUUCAUGAUGCAGCGUUUGGGUAUUUCAUCACAGCCUGUGUUGUUAUUUUUCUGUCCAUCCUUUCCUACAUCCUGCUGCCUCGACUGGAGUUUUUCCAGUUUCAUCAGGACAGAAACAGGAAACAGAGAGCAGACGAGAACAACUCAGUAAAUCUGAUGAACAGAGAGAAUAAUGACGAAGCAGCUGAUCAGAAUAAACAACGCGUUCCCAUGAUAGAAAUCUUUAAGAAGAUAUGGCUGUUGGCUCUGUCAGUCUGUUUCACCUUUACCGUCACCAUCGGCACGUUUCCCGCCAUCACUGCCGACACCAAAUCCACCCUUGCUGACGGAGGAUUGUGGGAGCGGUACUUCAUCCCCGUGAGCUGCUUCCUGCUCUUUAACCUGUGUGACUGGGGUGGGCGGAGUUUAACAGCCAUCUGUAUGUGGCCCAGGAAGGACAGUCUGCUACUUCCUGUGUCCAUCGUUUGUCGUCUCGUCUUUGUUCCUCUCUUCAUGUUGUGUAAUGUUCAACCUCGACUCAACCUGCCCGUCGUCUUCCAUCACGACGGCUGGUUCAUCUUCUUCAUGAUCCUCUUCGCCUUCAGUAAUGGAUACCUGGCGAGCCUGUGCAUGUGUUUUGGUCCGGAGAAUGUUCUUCCUCAUGAAUCUGAAUCAGCCGGAGCCAUCAUGGCCUUCUUUCUGUCUCUGGGUUUGGCUUCAGGAGCUGCUCUGUCCUUCCUCCUCAGAGCACUGGUUUAACUAUGACACUAUGUCUUCAUCAGUGGACUAACUGGGACACUAUGUCUUCAUCACUGGAUUAACUGGGACACUACAUCUUCAUUACUGGUUUAACUGGGACACUAUGUCUUCAUCACUGGUUUAAUUGGGAUGCUUCAUUCUAUCUCCUGAACAAACGGCAGCAUCACUGAGUUUUUUUCAGAAUGAACCAUAAACUGAUGAAACACGCUGAGGAGCUGAACAAACUGAAGUUAACAUCCAUCCUGAUGGUGAUGUUACAGUCUGAUGGUGAUGUCAUGGUCUGAUGUUGAUGUCACAUUUUGAUGGUGAUGUCACAGUCUGAUGGUGAUGUGACGGUCUGAUGGUGAUGUCAUGAUCUGUAAAGGUCACUUGAAAUCCGUCAGUCCUGAAUUCUGUCUCAUGUCAUGAUUCUAGUGGACAGGACGUAUGUUGACAGUUGACUUUGACAUACAGAUGAAGUCUUUAUUCAUAAUUUCAGUUUAAUCGUGAUGCUUUUAUUUUGAAAGGUGUAACAGGAAACUGUUUGUGACGGUGGUGUCAAAUCUCAGAGAUAAAAAUAGACCAGUGCAGAGUUUAAGGUGGACCGACAUGUUUCUGUCUCUGCUUUGAUUUUGUGUCUUUAACACUGUCAUGUCUGAAAACAAACUGACUUCAGUGGAUUUUGAGAUUUUUGGGAACGUGCAGGGUAGGUCACGUCACAUGUCACAUGUCAUAUGUGUGUUAGUGUGUAUGUGUGAAGUCAUACAAUAAACUAACAGACGUGCGUGAA